CCACUCUCCUGCUCAAUAAACGCAGCAACGUACUGCCGUUCGUCUCCAUUCAACGUGCGCCAUGAAGCUGGAGAUUCCGGCGAAGCAGAGGAGCCAAGAAGCGGAGCAGAACGAGAAAACCAGGGGCAUCGUCGUCAGCAUUGAGCUCUGGAAGCAGCCAAAGCCCCUCGGUGGGCACCCUCUGCCGGCGGCCGACGACGACGGGGAGGUGGCGGAGGCCCUGGUGCCGCCGCUCAACUUCGCCAUGGUCGACGACGGCAUCUUCCGCUCGGGGCUCCCGGACGCCGGCAACUUCCGCUUUUUGCUCUCCCUCAACCUGCGCUCCAUCCUGUACCUGUGCCCGGAGCCGUACCCGGAGGAGAACGCGCGGUUCCUGGAGCAGAACGGGAUCAAGCUUCACCAGUUUGGAAUCGAAAGGCGCAAGGAACCGUUUGUCUACAUCCCUGAAGAAACGAUCCAGGGGGCGCUCAAAGUUAUUCUCGACGUAAGAAACCAGCCGGUGCUCAUCUACUGCAAGAGAGGCAAGCACCGGACUGGCUGCGUCGUGGGGUGCCUGAGGAAGCUGCAGAAGUGGUGCUUGUCUUCAGUCUUCGACGAGUACCUGCAUUUCGCGGCGGCGAAGGCGAGGGGCACCGAUCAGAGGUUCAUGGAGCUGUUUGACGCAUCAAGCUUGGACGAGGCGCCGCAGCCGAAGCCCGCUCCAAAGCAAGCGGCGGAGGGGAAGGUCGCGAAGCCGUCGUCGUCGAGCGAGGACAAGAAGCCGGCCGCGCCCUUCCAGCGCACCUGGUCGACGGAUGACGAGGCCCGCAUCCUCGAGGCCCUCGCCGCUCACCGCCGGGAGCACGGCGCGCUCCCGCCGAUCGACGCGCUCGUCGCCGCCCUCGCCGAUAGCCUCGACAACAGAAGCUGCAGCCGCACGGAGCUCCAGCAUAAGGUCAAGAACCUGAAGCGCCGGUACGACACAGGCGUUAAGAAGGGUGAGCUACCGAACAAGGAUCACGACCGCUGGCUCUUCGACCUCUCCAAGAACGUAUGGGGCGCCGCGGCGGCGACGGCCACGGCCAAGGCCAACGGCAGAGCACCGAGGGAGUACACCGAGAUGUGCCAGCUGUACCCGUACCUCGCGGAGGAGGUGAAGGCGCUGGAGGCGACGCACCCGGGUCUGUUCAAGAGGGAGUUGGCCACGAUCGACGAUGACAAGGCGCGCGCGCUGGAUGUGAAGAUCAAGAAGCAGAGGCUGGUGCAGAUGAAGCUGGAGCUACGCCGCUACGACCUGACCAAGGAGGUGACCAGGGCGCUCAUGGAGCUGGUCGAGUGAUGGCUGAUCUGAGCAGUAUCUGGGCAACUCUUCUCAUGGCGUUGAAAUGCAUAGGCGAUGAUUACCUGCAAACUGUAUCCUCUACUGAAUUGCAUCAGCUAAACCUGCACAUUACUGCAUCUAGAUGGUGUUGAAUGUUCUGUUCAUGGUGGUCGAUUCGUUCCAGCGUCUAUGUUAAGUCAGAGUGCCUGGAGGAUGUUUUGUUGAGUAAGAAUGUUUUGUUCUGGUUUCUGAGACUCUCAAACGAGAUUUUGUAGUCUGAAUCUGAGAGUUUAAGCUUGGGCUAGUAACUAAAAAAUAUCAUGAAGCUUAAUUGUUGAUGUGAUGGUAAGUCACUAAUUUUCUGGCUUG